GUCAAGCUGUUCCAGCAGGCUGCCACAUCAGAUUCAAUCUUCAGACAGGGCAAAACGAAGCUAAACUUGCAGAAGAGGAGGGUCUCAAGCAACAAAUGAUUAACAAGGAGACAUCUAUGUUCAUGGCUGAAGACAUAAAAAAGGCUCUGAAAAAGUUUAAGGGCUUUAAAGACUUUUCAGAAAAGGAUCAGGUUAAAAAGUCUCAGAGAGCUCAGUUUCGCUCAAUGGAUGAAUUAAAAAAAGACAUGGCAGCACUGGACAUACAAGUGGAAACAGAUGUUCAGAUAAUUACCAAACUGUUGUACCAACUCAACAACACCAACAGUACAGUGGACCAAAAGGUCACUGCUUUACUCGACCUAGAAUACUUGGUUCAUCAGGUGGAUAAUGCACAUAAUCUGGUGUCAAUGGGUGGAUUGAUAUUGGUAACUGAUACCUUAAAUGACACAAAUGAUAAACUUCAGGAAAGUGCGGCAUUUGUAUUAGGAGCAGCCGUUUCAAGUAACCCAUCUGUCCAGGUUAUGGCUUUGAAGUGUGGUACAUUACAAAAGUUACUCACUUUACUUGCUACCCCACAACCAUUGCCUAUUAAGAAAAAGGUGUUGUUUGCAUUAGCAUGUCUUUUGCAUCACUUCCCCUUUGCACAAAGGCAGUUUGUAAAGCUUGGGGGUUUGCAAGUGCUUCAUGAGCUGUUCCAGACACAUGGUGCUGAGACUCUACAUGUGAGAAUUAUUACAGUGCUGUAUGAUAUGAUUACUGAAAAGGAGCUUGUCUCACAAACUGGUGUUGAUCCAGUACUGGAUUCUAAUCAUCAGGAAAUUUUGGACCAGUAUGGUGAAGUCAUACUCCUCCCUAUGCUUGUAGAGCAGGGAUGGUGUAGCCUCGUGCCUGAGGUUCUGACCUAUCCAGAUCAUGACAGGAGGGAGAAAGCUUUGCUCACUCUUCUUGCCAUGGUUUCCCACUGUCAGCUGCACUAUCUGCAAAACCCUACUCUAAGCAUUUUACUUAGUGCCCUGCACAAGCAAUACCAAAAAAUGGCUUUCACAGAGAAGACCCAGGGAGAGGAAGAUGGCUACUUUGGAGAGAUCUUGGUUUUGGUGGACUCAUUGUUGAAAAUGCUCUAACUGCACAAUGAAAUAAAUUAAAAUAAAUGAAAUUACAAUUAGAAAUGUUGUAUAUGUGUACUAUUAAAGUCUAUAAAACAUUUGUACAUA